UGCCAGUCGUGUCUUCCCCUCCCCCCCCCCCGAUCGCGUUGCUCGCGUUGCCUCGCGCCCUAUGGACUCCCGCCGCCCGCUGAGGCUCUGAGUUCUCUCGCUGGAUCACAAUGCCGAACACUGCUGCAGCCCCGACUCCACCGACUGCCCGACUGUCUGGCGAACCGGAUAGAGACCAGAGCGCAGACGAAUUGUGGUCGCUGGCCGACUCGGACCAGGAGCUGGCCCCGAAUGGGGGCUCUGCCCUGGGCCUCAAGCGAAAGCGUCCCCUCACUGUCUCAUGCGAGCUGUGUAAGCAGCGAAAAGUCAAGUGCGACCGGGCGCAGCCAAGUUGUGGAUGGUGUUCUCGCAAUGGCCAGCCGUGUGAGUAUCGGGAGCGUAAAAAGCCGGGCCUCAGAGCCGGCUAUGGGAAGGAACUCGAGCAGAGACUGGACCGGCUGGAAGAAGUCAUCCAGACCCAGGCCCGUCUCAUCGAGAUGCACAUCAUCCAGGGUCAGCCCCGACUGCCACACGACCUUCCCCCUGGGCCGAUGUCGUAUAGCUCCCCCUCGGAGCCUUCAGCUGCCCAUGGUCCCAGUCCUCGGACAGCGGUCUACUUCCAGGAACCGUCGGUCGUGGCACCUGGCCCCUCCAGGCGCCCAGAUAUGUCCAUCACCACUCCCUCGGAUGGAUCCGCGACCCAUGUAGUGCCCUCGCAUCUUUCCAGCGACCUCCCGUCUGCACCCGCACACAUGCAUUCUCACCCCUCUGCCACUCACCAUGAUUUCACGGGCAACGAGUCCUCUCUGAAGGUGCCGGUCGACCUCUUCGCCAACCAGGAACAGUCCUUCGCCGACCCGGAUCUUGACCUGCCUCCCUACGACUUGCUCUAUGCCUUGGUCGACCUGUACUUCGAGCACAUCAACACCUGGUGCCCGAUCCUUCACCGACGAGCCACCUUGGAUACCUUCUUCGGGCCCUCCCCGCUAGUCGAGGCCGACCGGAUGGUCCUUUACGCCAUCGUGGUCACCACGCUUCGUUUCUCCACGGACAGCCGCCUGAACGACCAGAACCGCAAGCGCUACCAUGAUUCGUCCAAGCAAAAGGUCUUGCUCUAUGGCCUUGAGAACUCCUCCGUCAAGGCCCUGCAGGCGCUGGUCAUCCUAGCCCUGGAUCUAGUGGGCUCCUCCAACGGCCCGCCGGGGUGGAAGUUGCUCGCCUUGAUCACACGCUCGGUUGUCCAACUCGGCCUGGCGGUCGAAUCCAAGUCCUCUCUCAUUGCGCCCGUCUACCCAUCCAUCUAUACCCUGCGCGCUGUCACCCUGCCCGAACCGGACUCGUGGAUCGAGGACGAAAGCCGCCGCCGGCUGUUUUGGAUGGUCUACCUCUUGGAUCGCUACUCGACCAUCGCCACUGCCUUCGACUUUGCCCUCGACGACAAGGACAUCGACCGCAAGCUUCCCUGCAAGGACGAGUUCUUCACCAAGAAUCAACCCGUCGAGACGCGCUGGUUCCAUCAGAACCCAGAAAAUGCCGACUAUCUCACCUCCUCGGGCAACGUCGGCUCGUUCGGCCUCUACAUCCAGGUCCUCGGCAUCCUCUCUCGCAUCCACGUCUUUCUCAAACAACCCGUGGAUAUCGGCAUCCUAUCAGACGUCGAGGAAUGGCAAUCCACCUACCGCAAGCUAGACAGCGAAUUGACCUCGUGGGAAUUCCAUCUCCCCUCCGAAUAUGCCUACGGAAACUCUGCCCGUCUGCUCGGCGCGUCCAAGCUGAACAGAAACCUCCAUUGUGACUGGGUGCAACUCCACGUCACCUAUCAAACUGCAGUCAUCCGUCUUCAUUCGUCCGCCGCCUACCCGACCACCCGAUCGCCGAUUUUCACCCCGUCAUACAGUGCCAGUCAACGGUGUCUUGUUGCCGUCGACAAUAUUCUUUCCAUCACGCGGUUCGUGGUCGAGAACAACAUGCUCGACAAGCUAGGUCCGCCCUUUGCUUUCACCCUCUGGGUGUCGGCGCGGCUGCUGCUCGUCCACGGCUCCACCAUCGCGCAUACCCUCAGCCCGGACCUCCUUUUCUUCGUCGACACCCUGGCCCGUCUAGGCAGAUACUGGAAAGUCGCUGAACGAUACUCCACCAUCCUCCAGCGUGUGCUCGACGAGUACGACGAAUACCAGCAAUCCGCGUCUGCAGAUGGCGAGCGUACCACCCCAUCAACCGUCAAGAUCCUGGCCGACAUGCGCCGCUGUGCCUUUGACCUUGACUUUCUUAUCUCCCGCCAGCCGCAACCUGGUGCCGGUGUUGGUGCCGGCGCCGGUGUCCCUUCUUCUUCCUCCUCCGCAGACCCCCCCGCAGCCAAUCUACCCCUAUCAACCACCAACCAGCCGCCGCGCACCCCAGGUCUCAACGAACUCGAAUACCUCGACGUCUUCGGCUUCUUCAACGUGCCCCGCGUCCCCGUCGGCCGCCUCGACAUGAUGGGCGGUCUAGACGUGCACGACCACGAGGCCGCCGGCGCCGGCGUGUCCUCGAACCCAAUGUCCAUCCACGGUCUGACGGGGAUAAGUGCAAAUCCCAACUCUACCGCCGCGCCGGUCGACGCCACAGUUGCGGCCCCUGUCACCGCAAACGAAUUCAAUAUUACGAAUUAUCUCAUCCCGACGCCCGAGACGGAUUGGCUAUUUCAACCGGGGGGUUGAACGGAAACGCUUAUCAGUCUCGUUAUAAAACUCAACUUCUUUUUAUGAUCUUUGGUCUGAAUCAGAGGCAUAAGGAACCCCCCAGCAUGUCCCUACGGCUCGCGACAUGCCCGCAUGCCGUGAGCCUUGAGGUAGAUCGUCACGCUCGAGUGAAUAGCUAAACCCUACCUCGGAAUCAACGCUGCUCGCUUUGAUAUAAGUGGUCUACCGAAGCUAUUAGCAGGCUUCGGCCGAGUCUGGCAGUUUCUGCUCCAGUCUAUCCAAGACAUGUGUUGCUUAGAUGAGUUACCACAGCUCAUUCUUCUAUAUAUAAAUUCACCAGAAUAUCUAUAGAAAUACCAUCACAAACUAUUAUCUAACCUGGGA